AUGAAGAGAGACGUCAUUACUGAAACCAAGUACAUCGAACUGGUACUUGUCGCAGAUGCAAAGUACAUGUCCCAUCAGAGGAGCAGAGCGGAUGCCAUCGCACGGCUGUUACGCACAGCAAACACAGUGGACGUGUAUUACAGGGCGCUGGGGGUUAGGGUGGUUCUCAUGGCUGUGGAGCUGUGGAGCACGAACCCGAUCGUUGUGGACAGAGACGCUGCGGGAACACUUCAUCGCUUCCUCCAGUGGCGACAAACCAGACUCCUGCCUCGUCUCCAACACGAUCACGCUCAGCUCCUGGGAGGAGGAACGUUCCAUGGAGGUACAGCAGGUACAGCCCCAGUCCAUGGGAUUUGUUCUGUGAGGCUGUCAGGAGGUGUCUCUCUGGACACCCAAUCGUCUAUCUUGCCAGUGGCUGGAGUUUUAGCCCAUGAGAUAGGUCAUAACCUGGGGCUGUCACACGACAGCGAGUCCCCGAGCUGCCAGUGCUCAAACAAGAGGACAGAAGGCUGUAUCAUGGGCGCCUCACACGGAGGAGCAGAUCUCCUUUCACCUUGUUCCUCUUAUGUUCAUAGCAUUCGGCCACCACAAGCCUUCAGCACAUGCAGCCUGGCAGAGUUCAGAAACCUCCUUCUUCGUGGUGGGGCUCAAUGUCUCUUCAACCUCCCAAACCCUGACAAUAUGGUGGGCGGUCGUGUGUGUGGGAACCUGUUUGUGGAGAGUGGAGAGGAGUGCGACUGUGGGCAGCCUGGGAGUUGUAAAGAUCCCUGUUGUGAUGCCUCCACCUGUCAGCUGAAACCCAAAGCCAAAUGUGCCUCUGUGGGUGCUUGCUGUGAGAGUUGCCAGGUGUUACCGCGAGGCCGGCUGUGCAGACAGGCAGUAGGGGAGUGUGACCUGCCGGAGGUGUGUUCUGGGGAUCGGCCAGACUGUGUCAACAACCUCUUCAAGAAGAACGGCUACAGGUGUGGCGGAGGCCGGGGCCACUGUUACAAUGGCCAGUGUCAGCUCGCAGACUUGCAGUGUCAGAGAAUCUGGGGGCCAGGUAAGCAGGUCAGACGCCCCCCCCAACACAACUGCCCC